AUUAGAUAUAUAAAAUAUUGGUUACUUAAUUGAUUCGAAUGUGAACUUGAUACAUGAGACAUAUAAAAUUUCUCAAUUAUCAUGAUAUAAAUUGUAGCAGUAGAAUAGAUUUGUAUGCCAAAUCGGGUUCUCUCCACAACAGGUGGCUUAAAAUUAAAAGAGAAACAAACGUAAGUGAUAUUUAUACACUGCCAUAUGGAGGAGUACGUGUUGAACACCCAAUACUUCCACCGCAAAAGAAGUUCCAAACUCCAAAGGGAAGCAACCAGCUUACACUCUCUUACAUCCCAUUCGCCCAAAAAAUCUCAAUUUGAAGGGGGAAAAAAAAAUCCAAAAUGGAUAAUGUCAAAAGAGUGGUUAUAAUCGUAGCAUUUCUUGUUUGGUUUACAGUUGCAGAUCCUGAAAAUGCAAAAGAACCCUCAAAAUCACCAACCCAAUAUUGGGAAAAGAUCAAAUCCACCAUUUACCAGCUUCAGAUCAAGUUCUUCCCACCAGAUUUAGAUUUCAGGAGUAUAUUUGCGCCGAGUGAUAAGGGAAUUAACGACGAUGGCCAAAACAGUGCCGGAGCGGCCGUGAAAGAGGCGGCGGAGAAGAGUUUUCAGGCUAGCAAGAAGACGGUGGAGGAAACGGCUAAAUCAGCCGCCGAGGCGGUGGGGGAGGCGGCUCAUGUCACGGCGGAGAAGGUGAAGGAGAAAAUACAUGAUGUAGGGCACCAUCAUGAUCACCGUAAAUCUUCAGAGCUUUGAAUGAUCUAAUCAAUUCAUGCGAUGUAAGUAAUGUAAUGUCCGCGCGGGGACAAAAAAUAUGCAUUGUACUCCAUCCGUCCUUAAUUUUGGGCAUUUUGAUUUUGUCCUUGGAUUCACCUUUAAAAUCUUAAAAAUAAAUUUUCACUUUCGUUGUAUUCUCUUGAUUGUGAUGGUAUAUUUUUAAGUUUUUUGUCAAUUAAAAAUAAAUAUUAGAGUAAAUUUAAGAGUUAGGACAAAUCAAAAUGUUUUAUAUUAAAGAU